GAGUCAGUCUGUUAGCCGUCAGCCGCGAACUCCAAACUUCCUGCUCUUCACACGCUGCUCUUCUAUUGCGUUAAAAUCCACCAUAACACAGCAUGAACUCCGAGCAGCCGACUGAAACUAGCCGCGGGGAAGAUACGUGUUCGGGCUCACCGCUGGGGCAGAGCGACGUGAAGAAAGCAGCUAACAAGCGAACGCCAUUUUCCAGAUUUAAGAGGGUGCACUCCAACUUCAAAUCACCAAUUCAAGUAACUGAGAGGGCCAAAGUUACUCUUGCAGAGGAGGUGGUCGAGCUAGAGCAGAGGAGAGAUCAGCUGGAUGCAGAGAUAGCACAGCUGGAGGCUGAGGGAUGCAUCGUAGAGGAGCUGGAACAUCAUAUUGAUAUGCUGCAUGAAUACAAUGACAUCAAAGACAUUGGACAAUCACUCCUGGGUCGUAUUGCUGAUCUGAGGGGGACCACCACACGAGAUCUCUACAGCCACUUUGGUCUGGAGCUGGAGGACUGACAAUAUAAAUGAAAAUACAGUGGUGAGAAUGGUUUCCAAACACCGAGGGGAGGGAGGCAUAGGGAUGAAAACAAAGAAAAGGAGCAGAAGAACUUUUUUGGUAGGAGUUUGGAUGUGGACUAAAGAUGUGAUUGGAGAAACUUUAUUGACCUGAACUUCCUCCUUGAGACAGAGAUCUGAUUAUCGUCAGUGAGCAUGAUGCGGUGACAAUGGUAUCUGUACAGCAGGCAGAUCUAAUAUUCAAGAGAUGCCAUCUGCUUUGGACAAUUAAUAUAAGACUUUAACAAAAGACAAAUGUAUAUAUUAUAUGACUUUUGUCCGGCAUUUUGUUUUUCAAGAAUAAAUUGAUUGGUGAGAAACUAAAACCAAGGCGAAGUAUCUCAGCAAGAUGACGCUUCACCUUGCGCCUCAACACUUUGUCCCUUCCUUGUAAGCGAUUCUCCAAGUCUCAGAAUGCCAGAGGCAUGAAUAUUCUACCACAAGAUAUUCUCUCAUUUGAUGAUGAUGCAGACCGCUGUCAAAACCAUUAUUCCAAAAUCUCUCCGGUGUUAAAGUGGUUUCAAAUCUGGAGACAAAGACCAUAAGGUUUAGGCUAAUGGAUCCCUGAUGGAGAAUUAAUGUUCUAGAAAGUAUUUAUUUAAGUGACGUAGAAUACCCCCAGUGCUUCUCCAUGACUUAGCUGUGAAAACAUAUACAAUAUAAAUAUUUCCAUAGUGGCGAUGACAAAAGAGGCCCAAUCUCAACACAAAGCGAACAUAUAGCUAAUUUGUAUACUCCUCAAAUAGUCCAGUGAGCCCUUAUAGAGGCAUCUGCAUUUCCCUUGCCUCUCUCACACAUCUUUAAAUGUUCCUGAGACACAACUUUGAAAGGACUUGUUUUGUUUGGACAUUGGAGCUUAUCUAAAUGGGGUUUGGAUAAGGGUAUGCACGCAUGUAGACUUUAUGAUUAUCAGUUAUUUCUCUGAAGAAAAGCAGCAAUGCUGGACCAAAACGUGUGAAAUAAACUGCUUCAGCUCCUA